CGUCAUUACGGAAGUGUGUUGCGUGAGAUGGUUUAUGGUUUUCCUUUCACUCAUUGAACCUUUCUCUCAGUGUGCAUGUCGUUUUUGUUGAGGUGUUUUUAUGCUGAACUUCUGCGAUUGUGUCUGACGCAGCUGACGACCUGGUGGUAAUGACGGAGAAAGGCAGUGGCCCCGCCGCUCGCACGGUCCUGCAGCAGUGUCUUCAGGCCAGGCUGCAGGUGAAACCCGCGGAGGAAAACUCAGAGGCUCAGUUUGUCCAGAUCGACAGAGGAAUGGUGAUCUACAUCUGUUUCUUCAAAGGAGCCACAGAUGACAUCCUGCCCAAGAUGGUGUCCACUCUGUUGAACCUGCGGCUGUGUGAGUCCGAGUCGGGGAAGAUGAUAUCGGUGUUGGAACUCCCCGGCAGCCUGCUGAUCGUCCCUCAGGCCACGCUGGGCGGCAGGGCCAAAGGCCGGGCGAUGCAGUACCACAACAACAUCAGCAAAGAGGACGGACUGCGGCUGUACAGCACCUUUGUCUCUCUGUGUGAAAAGGAACUGACGGCGGCUGCUGCUUCAGCCGAGAGUGCGGCUGAGGGGAUGGUGAAACAUGGGACGUAUGGAAACAGACAAGUGCUGAAACUCGACACCAAUGGACCAUACACACAUCUGAUGGAGUUCUGAAGUGCUCACAGACGAGAGAAAUAUAACUCUGAGUUUAAAUCGCUCCUCUAAUGCCGCUGUUGAAGCUGAAAUUACUGUCUAAAUAUCUACCAACAAGUCAGAUACCAGUCUCUUUCAUUUUUCUAAGACUGUAUGUAUUGAUAUUUGAUUGAUAUAUUUUUGAUAAAAAGAAAUUACACAGA